GGCCCCACUGCAGACCGCGGGCUGCGAGCGCGGGUGUGCCCUGUAUCCUGUCCCCGCGCCCCGGGGGCGCUCCGGAGAGAACAGAACGAUGCCCGGGGCUCGCGACCAAGGCGCAGCCCGGGCGAGAUGGCUGAGCAUUGGGCUUUUGGGUCUCUUCCUGCUGCCGGUGUCCCUGUCGUUGGAGGUGUCUGUGGGAAAGGCCACCACCAUCUAUGCUGUCAACGGCACGGAGAUCCUGCUACCCUGCACCUUCUCUAGCUGCUUUGGCUUCGAGAACCUACACUUCUGGUGGUCCUACAACAGCAGUGACACAUACAAGAUCCUCAUAGAUGGGACUGUGAAGAAUGAGAAGUCGGACCCCAAGGUGAAAUCGAAAGAUGAUGACCGCAUCACUCUGCAGGGCUCCACGAAGGAGAAAAUGAACAAUAUUUCCAUUUCGCUGAAGAACCUGGAGUUCAGCGACACGGGCAAAUACACCUGCCAUGUGAAGAACCCCAAGGAGAAUGAUUUUCAGCACCAGGCCACCAUCUUCCUCCAAGUUGUUGAUAAAUUGGAAGAAGUGGACAACACCGUGACCCUCAUCAUCCUGGGUGUCGUGGGCGGGGUCAUUGGGCUCCUCAUCUUCAUCCUGCUGGUUAAGAAGUUCAUUGCCUUCAUCAUCAAGAAGACUCAGGAGAAGAAGAAGGAGUGCCUCGUGAGUUCCUCAGGGAACGAUAAUACCGAGAAUGGGUUGCCCGGCUCCAAGGCGGAAGAGAAAGCACCAACAAAAGUGUGAGCCCUGCUUGGGGCCAAGCAGCUGCCGGGAGCCUCACUUUCCUGUGAUGAAACCGAUGCUUGAGCCGUGUCCGUGACCCCAUGUGCCUGAGAACAUCUGCUGCUUGGCUCAAACUGUAGUCUUCCCGGGGCGGGGAGAAACUGGGGUCCUGUCCCGCCUGCCUCACCCCCUACCUCCCACCAGGGCUCCCCAGGGACAAGGGCUGGCCGGGGAAAGGAACCUGCGGAAGGUUCUGGAAAGGAAAGGAGGGGCUGGGGCGGUGUGGAUGGCCUGUUCCCCGACACCGGGGUAGAUGGUCUUCAGCUGCCCCCCCCCCCGCCCCCCCAGAUGAGGAGCACUUUGGUUUUCCUCCUGAUGUCUCUUUGUGAGAGACUUGGGGGGUCGGCGAGGGCUGCCCCAGUAGUUGGACCCUGAGUAUGGAGGACUAAGCCUUUUAUGGUGGGAGUGGCCGGAGGACUCUCUACAGGCUCUGGGGGUGGGGGCCGCUGGAAGGAUCCUGCAGGGACAGGCUUCGAUGGACACCUGGUUCCCUGUGUCCCUCCCCCCACCCCGACCCCUGGGUGCCUGCCUGCCUUGGUUCCCCCCACCCCCACCCCCAUGCUGCUCGGAGUCUCUGAAGACUCCCAGCUAGGGCUGCCUCUUUGUCUAAGGGGGGUCCUAGCCCACUUGGUCUGCUUUUCUAAUCUCUGGGCUCCGAGGACUCAUGAAGGGGUCCCUCAGUCCCAGAGCACUGGGCGCCACUUAUUCCUUUCCUAGGAUUUCUGUUUGGGGCAUCAGGGCUGCAGAGGUGGGCCUCUUGGCGGCAGAACGCCCACCAACGCUGGCUGCCCCUUCUCCUUGGCCUGGCAGGACCGUGGCCACUCGUGGGAACUCCCAACCGGCUCCGCCCUGCUGCUCUUCCUCCGAAGCAGCAGGUGGCGCCGUCUUGCUUGAGGAGCUGCUCCCUCCUGUGUUCCUCUCGCUUCU